UCUGCCUUCUCUCAGGGAACGGAAGAUCAUGGUCUUGGUUCGGUUCUUCUAGUUCCAGCCUAGAUCAUGAUCUUUUGUUUUACUUGCAUUUCUCUAUAACCUUUUUCUUUUUAUUUUACAAUUUUCCUUCUUGAUAGCUCUUCUGUCGUUUUAUAAUCUAAUCUGCUUUUUUGAUUCAUUGCCGGGCUUUUUUUUCCUGAUUUCUGGUUUGAAUUGCUGUUUCUUUCCUGAUUGAUUCAGAGUUUCUUUGUUUCUUGUUUUUCUUAAAGAGUUUAAUUAAUUAAGACAUGGGGUCUACAUCAUUCAAGCAGUUCGAAGAACAGAAGCUUAGAAAAUUUCCAUAUUUUUUUAUCUACGCUUUAUUCGAAUGGAUUUUGAUAAUCCUGCUGAUUAUCGAUGGCCUGAUUGCUUUUGCUGCCAAUGAAUUUGCCCGGUUCUUCGGAAUGAAAAUCCCAUGCCUGUUCUGUUCGAGGAUCGAUCAUGUUCUUGCUAGCAGAGAUCCUUAUUUUUAUUACAACGACUCGAUCUGUGAAGCUCACAGGAAACAUGUGUCGUCCCUUGUGUAUUGCCAUGUUCACCGCAAACUAUCUGAUAUUCGACAAAUGUGCGAGGGUUGUCUCCUUUCUUUUGGUAGCGAGAAUAAGUCUGACUAUGAGACAUGCAAAUCUCUGGUUGGGAUAUUGGGCAGAGAUAUUAGAUGCUCUGUCGAGGAUGGUCGCAGAAUUCAUUUGAGAUUGCCGUGCAGAGGGAAUAUGGACACUUCGCAGGUUGAGAAAAGCAGCAUGCAUCGGUGUUCUUGUUGCGGGGAGCCUCUGAGGAUUAAGCCCUCAUUUCGACGGGGAUUCCUUCCGUGUCUUCCAUCGAAUGAGUGUGAUUUUCCUCAAGCUCCAGCUUCUUCUCCAAUCAAGGCAAACGAUGAAGAACCACGCGGCUUCGAUCAGGUUCAGAUACCCCUUAUUCGAUACACCGAAGCAAAAUUAGUGUCAGACACCGAAUCAGAGAUUCCAGAGGAUGAUGAGAGCUUAAGCACAAUAACUGAAGACAAUCAAUGUAGGGAAGAUGUCAAAGGCGCCAUUGUGCCGUUCAUUACAGAAAACGAGGAUUUGAAUGAAGAUCCAUGCAAGACACCUAAUCUUAUCAGAGGAAACAAGUUGCUUGGAGUCACAGUCGCAGACUCAGCAAUAUGGCUUGCUAAACUUCCUAGGAAGCUGCAAACUGAAAAGAUAGAAUCAGGUGCAGAGUCCUGGGAAGGAAUUGCUAUAGGUGAAGGAGAUGAUGAGGCCACCCUGGAUUGUCAGAAGAGACAGGUCCGCGUUGAUCGCAAGUUCUUGAUUGCCUUAUACACGGAACUAGAUAAAGAAAGAAGUGCUUCUGCAGUCGCUGCAAACCAGGCAAUGGCCAUGAUUACCCGGUUGCAGGCAGAGAAAGCAGCAGUUCAGAUGGAGGCCUUGCAAUAUCAGAGAAUGAUGGAGGAACAGACCGAGUACGAACAAAAGGCCUUGCAAGUUGUCAAGGAUCUACUUAAAAUGAGAGAGGGCGAAAUCAGGGCUUUGAAGGCGGAGCUGCAGGCUUACAGAGAGAAAGAACAUGGAAUUGGUGCACUUGAGGCACAAACUGAUGAUGGUUGCGUUAAUUACUUAACUCGAUCUGAUUCAUCAGUCAGUUCAUGUUCAGAAUGGGGUAGCCCUUUAGCUUAUUUCAAUGAAAUGGAAUUUUACGGGGAAAAUGGACAUUAUUUUGUUCAAAGUGUUCCGUCACAGGAAGAGAGUGGAGAGAGAAUUAUUGAUGAACCGCUCUUAGAUUUGAGAUGCAAGUAUAACAUCCUAACCAAAGAAAUAUGUAAACUAAGUGAGAGGUUAGAGGCCCUUGAGAUAAAUAGAGAGUUCUUAAAGCAUUCUGUCCGAUCACUUCAGAAUGGUGGUGAAGCGGUACAGCUUUCUGAGGGAGAUAGUCCAACAUCUACGGGAGCUUCAACAGUUAGAGAAAAAGCCCUAGGAGAGCGUUUGUUCUUGAGGGUUUUGUUUUCAUUGAGUUGGGUUUCAGGCCUAUUUCGAUUUCCACUACCAGUGGCAUAAGAGCAAGAAUGAGUGCAAGGACGGCAGGAAGUUGAAAGAAGCCUUUGAAGUUCUUAUUAGGAUGCAGGGAGAGUGUAGAUAUGCUAGAUAAGGUACAUAUAAGGGUGCUUAAAAUUUUGUACCUGGUGACGAACUACUUGUUAAUGGUGAGCUCGAACAACUUGCAACGCUCCAGGACAUUAGGCUGUUCAGAUAAUGUUCAGUUUUGUUGUAUGAAAACUGUUG